ACUAGUUUUCGUCGAAUUGACGAUUAAUUUCUUUAAAACUACAAAUAUUCCAAUUGCAUAAUAUCUAAACGUAAAUCAUAAUAUACUAUGAUAACAUAAUCAGCACCUAUCGUGCUCAUGCAAGAUUACGAUGGUUAAUUUCUACUAAAUUCUAUGACGAGACUACGAAGGCUCGAGUACCACAUAUGAGGCAAGCGUCUAAUGUAAACAAUGAACAUAAACCCCGCUACUGUGACUCACAAAGACGAUGUUUCAUUAUCAUAUCACAAGCACAAGUUAACUUUAGUUGCACUCUGACACUCAACGCCGUUCUACGCUUUUACAAUUUCUCUCAUUACAGACCGACUAUACAAUCAACGUGAGACCGCGGUAUUUUCCUCAACGGGAACAAAGAGCUUCGUCAAUUAAUUUAGUGUUCCGCCAGCCUGUUGAUCGGGCCACGUGAAUGCAUACGUGAUGCGAGGCGAGCGAUCGUUCGCGGUAAAAAUCGAAUGCAAAAAUGAUUAAAAGGAACGGUGAUAAUGUAUUUGCGAUCGCGAGCAACAGCCCGUGUGCGGUGCGGAGCGCUGUCUCGCUCUGUCCGGGAGGCGGCGCGGCCACGAGGAUACCGCGCGCGACAGCGGCCAGGAUGACGCCGCCCGACGCGCACCACACCAAGGAAGCGAAUAUUGUUGCUGCAACUUACGUUGAAAAGUGGAAAAACCGAUAUGAAGAAGCCGAAAGAAAACACAAAUCCAGCCUACUCAAAUCCGAAAAAGCUAAACGCGAACAUGAAGACCUGCAGCGCCGCUUCAACCUGCUCUCGGACGAGCGCGCCCGCCUCGCGGGUUCACUCGCGGAGCGCGAGCGCGAGCUCUCGGCGCUGCGAGACGUGUCCGAGAAGCUGUUCCAGGAGUACCAGCAGCUGCAGAACCAGAGGGAGGUGGACGAGCAGGUCAUGCAGAAGGUAAUGCAGCAAGCUGGCGAAUGGUACAAGCAGAACAAGCAACUGAAACGGCGGAGCCAGGCCAUUCUACACGCUCUGCCUGCGCAUGCCGAAAUCGACUUUACAGACUCCAACUCCACCGCUUCAGACACGAGCAGCAAUGAAGAGGUGGAGUUUCUAAAGCAGACCGUCUCUGACCUCAGCAAGCAAGUGGCCUCACUACAAGCUGAAUUAAGCGCGGCCCGACUUCAAGAGUUCGAAGCUCAUGAGUCCACCGCUGCACUUGCUCAGGAGCUAGACGCCGAGAAAGAGAAGACAGCAGCGCAAGAGAAAGAGCUAGAAGAACUGAAGAGCCAGAUCGAGCGGCACCACAGAGUCUCCAAACUGUUGAUGGAAGAAGUGACAGCUCUCAAAGAUCAUGCUGAUAAAGAUAGAGAGAUGGCUGAAACUUACAAAUCGGAAGCCCGAGACGCCAAGAAGCGCGUGAAAGUGCUCACGCACCAGAGCACCCUGCUCAUGGGGGAGCUGGAGUUAGACGAACGACUGAACAUGCUUCUCGGAGAAGUGGAUAGUUUGCGGGACGCCUUGGAACAGCAGGCGGUGAGGCAUCGCGACCAGAUCGAAGACCUGCAGUUGAAACUAGCAGAAAAACACGAGGACACAGACAUUCUUCUGUGGGAAGAGAAGAUCAGACUAGCAGAAGAAGACGCGAGGAAAGCCGUAGAACGAGCAGAAAUAGCAGAAAGGAAACUCGCAGAAGAACGGAAUACAGUAGAACAGAAAUUAGCUGAAGAAAGGAAGAUAGUAGAACAGAAGUUAGCAGAAGAAAGGAAGAUAGUAGAACAGAAGUUAGCAGAAGAAAGGAAGAUAGUAGAACAGAAGUUAACAGAAGAAAGUAAGAUAGAACACAAGUCAGUAGAACGAAACGGGAAGAAGUUAGAAGAACAAGUAGUAGAAGAUAGGAGGGAAGUGAGAAUUUCGCCGCCGAAGAAGGGUAGUCUAAUGUCGAGAAUUAGUUACUUUGAAGGUGGACCGAAAAAGGAAGAGAAGAGAGAAGAGGUGAUUGCACCGCCACCGCCUCCCUCUCUUCCCGCUGUCCCGGCAUCUCCCACCCCCUCCCCUCCCCCCGCGCCAGUAUUCUCCCCCCCGCCGCCUCCCAGCCUCCCCCCUCCCGCAGCGUUACCCCCUCCACCGCCGCCGCCGCCGCCGCCGCCAGCAGUGUUCGUACCGACAGGGGGUAGUGAUAUGGCGCAUAUGUUGGCCAGUAAGCAGGCUAGCUUGAAGAAGAGCGUGCAGAAUGGAGGUGAUCCAGCGAUAGACUCAAUCGUGGACCAGAUCAAAGGCGGCAACUUCACCCUGCGGCGGCGCGACCAGAACUUCCUCGAGAGGAAACCCAAGGAGGAGCAACCUGAGGCCGUGAAGGAGAUGCUGGCGAUACUGGGGACGCUGAGGAAGAGGAGAGUUCAUAGACCCAGUUUGGUGGGGGUUGGGGAACAGGCGUGACAAGUAAGUAAAUACAUUUUAAUUAAGAAAAAACCUAAUUUAGCUUUUACCAUAGACUAAAGUCUUCCGGUGACCACGGCUUGUCAAUUAUUAAUGUUACAUAAUUAUUUAUAAGUACAUUAUUUGCUUUGUAUUCGUCACAAUCUCAACUAGGAUACUAAAUUGUUAUUUAUAAACCUUUCAUUGUAGACGAAUUUUAAUUACAUAAUGUGGUUUUUCACGUUAGUACGAGUUAAAAGGGAUUUAUAUUAUUUUUAACAAUUUGAACGCCACAGACGGCAAUUGGCGUAACGCAAAAUCGUGACAAUGACGCCAAAGACGGCAUUUGACGUCGAUCGUUUUUUGAUGAAAAUCUACUGAAAAACACCCCACCUUUAGGUUGGCAUUAUUUAUUCAAUAAACUACUAUUUUACCCCCGUGGCGUCAGUGGCACCUUACUUUAUGGUGGCACGGCAAAUGGAUGCGCCGUUUGGCGUUCAAAAGGUAAAAUUUUUGGUAAGUAUUUUAUAUACUGCCAAAUAACAAAAUGUUGCCAUUAAAAUAUUAAUUCCAAUAAGACAUGACAUUAUUUGUAUUUUAUAUCGAAUAGUAUGAAUUGUAAAGACAUUUUUGAUAAAAUUUAUGCAUUUAGCCAGUUUUAGGCUGUUUUGAACAUUCUGAACGCUAUUGCUUCGCCAUUAAGGCUCAAUUUAGCUUGCAUUUUAUAUCUACUUUUAUUAUUUUAAAAGUAGAAUUUAGAUUGAAAUUAAAUCACUUCCAACAUUUUUGUUGGACGUUUUAGUAUUUAUGUCAUUUUCUAUUUAAUUAUACAAAUAUUAGUCUCAUAUUUUUCAUAAAUAAAAAAUAAUUAAUUCCACAAGUUGAACGUUUUUCUGUCGAAAUAAAUAUUUUUAUGUAUUUUCACUGACAUAUCAUGUUAAAAAUCUGAAUUUAAUAUCGGAGUGUCUAUUUAAAUAUAUAUUUAUUUUUGAUUGGUAUAUAAAUGAGACUUAACUAUUAAAUAAGUGAUAUUGAUCUGAAUACUCUAUAGAUCAUUAGUUGUUAUUGUUAAGUAUACGUUAGUUAUAAGUAUAGUUAUGUUGUAAAUUUAAUAUUUUAGUGAUAGGACUAGAACUUAUUAGUAACAAGUCAAGAAAAAUCAUAACAUUAUAUUGAUUUUCAUUCGGAAAAUUUCUAAAAUUACGUAAUUUCCACAUAGAUAAAUUUUAGAACCUUAUAUAAAUUUUUAAAUAUUUCGUUUCCAAAAUGAAAUUUCUCUGAAAUUUUUAAGUUUAAAGGAGCCAAAUUUUUGGUUGUGGUGAAUAUAUAUAUUGACUUGUUAGUAAUAAUGUUUUAUGACAUCCGAUUAUUUAAGCAAACAGACAAAUUGACAUAUGUUUAAUAUUCUUAUUUAAAUGCCAGUAGAUAGGGAAAUAUUUCUAAAUUUUUUGACAUGUUUACUAAAACACAAGUUACCUUUGGUGCCAUUUCUGUCAAAUUAAAAUAAGAUGAAGUAUUAUUAUUUAAGCUCUGUUUUCAUAUAAAUAACAAAUACUAAAAUGAUACUUUAAUAAACUAAUUUAUAUCAUUUUUCUAGCAUUAACAAGACAUUGGUUCGAAAUAGAGGUAAUUAAAUUGUUAUUUUAGUAUUUGGGAUUUGAAAACAAGGUUUAUGUGUUAAGAGUAUUUUUGAACUUUUAUUGAAAUAAACGAUGUAUCGAUAAUAA